GCAUGCGCAGGACAAACGGUCGGCGCGGAAGAUUUGCAGUUUGAAUGGCUAAGUCGGAGCUGGGGAGGGGAUUGUGUUUUUAACUGGUCCAGCAAUGUAGAAAUGGCUAAGUUGGUAAGCCUGUCGGAUUCGGACCUUUCGGCUUCUAGCGAAGAGUCGGUGUCCAGUCGGAUACACAGAAGCCUGAGACUCGCAGAGCAGGAGAAGAGGAAGAAUGAGGCGGAGAAGCCGUUUGUUCUGGCCCUGAAGUACUUCUCUGAGGUUGAAGUGGGGACUCCUGUAGUCGGGAACGAUGAGUUUGAAAACCACCUGGCACAGGUGGAGAAGGUGGCAUUCAGCAAAGGACUGUCCCCAGAGGCCAUUUCUGUUAUGCUGGAGUUCGCUAUGAGCCUUCGCAUGGGGAGCAGUCCAUGUGCGCGAGUACUGAAGUGUCUGAUCCCUGACUCGGUGGUGCCACAGGAAGCUGUUUUUCGAGCCGUAGUUUGGCUCAGUGUGGGGAAAAUACCCAUCAGCACCCAGGUACUGUUUAUAAAGUGGGUGUUGACUGUAUUUGACAUGAUCGAUGCAAAGGAUAAGCUGCGAGCUAUAUAUGGCUUCAUCUUCAGCUUCAUCACUGAUGAAAAUCUGUGCCCUUUUAUCUGCCACUUGUUGUACCUGUUAACCAGAAAAGUAAAUGUGCGUGUCUUCAGAGUCAGGAAGCUACUGGAACUGCAGUCUAAACUGGGAAGGCAGCCGUAUCUCCUACACCUUCUUUCACUUUAUAAAGUGUUUUGCCCUGAACUGGUGACGCUGUCCAUUCCAUCCCGGAUGAGGAGCGGGUUUAAGAAUCACAUCUCCCCAUGGAAGUCGGCUUUGAUGGCGCUCCAGAAGAGGGGCAGUUUGCAGGUCGCCUCCAGCAUCAGUCUGAACUUCACUCUCAAAAACAAAACCGGCUCUCGGAAAAGGAGACACAGGCACCUGGAGCUACCAGAGUUGAGCCGCGUCACCAACACUGGGGUGAAUACGGAGCAGACCUCCAGUAGGAAGCUGGUCCCCCUUGUGCAGAUCCAGUCUUUUGAGCAGCUGUUGAAAAACAUGCAUCAGAUUGAGCUGCCUGCUCAGAUGGGCUCUCUGCUGGGUUCCCGUCUGGCUCUGCAGUACCUGGACUGCGUGCAGGAUGAGUCUGCCCUCCUACGCCUCAACUUCUGGCUGGGCUACGCUCUCCACGAAGAAUUUCUAUUCUGCACCGACGGAGGAGCCGGCCAGAAUGCAGAAGAAGCUCUCCAGUUUUUAAACAAGCUGCUCUCAGCACAGCAGUUCCUGCAGGAGGGGUUUCACAGCUCUGAUGCUUUCCUCUACAAAUUUCUCAACAUUUGGGAUGGAUCUCUGCUGCGUCCGCAGAUCCUCGGCCUUCUGAGUAACAUUCCUGUCAUUCCCAGCUCACAGAUCGAAGUACUUCUGUUUGAGCCUCUCAUGCAGCUCUUCUUCACAUCCUCGCUGUUUUUUAAGUGUGGACUGAUUGAAUGUUUAAACAACAUGCUGCUAAAGUGGCUGACCUGGCACUCUGUGUACGCUCUGGAAGACGACCUGGACAUCAGCCUCCACAGCCACACAUCCAUAAACAUUACCCUGUCAGGGUUCAAGGACUCUGUGAUGGACUUGGUUUGCUUUGUGGGUCGGCUGGCCUCCAUGGGCCUGCAGCUGGAGGGCUGCCACUCUCUCCUGCUCAGCUUUGUUCUGGAUUUCUACGAGACUGUGUGUGACACCUUCCUGAAGUUUGGCCUUCCCCUGGUGGUCAUGCCUCCUCCGGGCGUCUUUUACCCCGCUAUGUUUGCCACUGACCCGGUCAGUUUGGACAGACUGGCCUACAUCAUGAACAGGUACAAAAUGAACCUGACGUCGGCCAAGAGUCAGGAGAAAGUGACCAGUCAUGCCUUUCACAUCAGCCGUCAGACUUACCAGGAGUUCAACAACUACCUGGCGUUUAUGGUCAACUGCCUGUGGAACUCCAGCAUGCGUUGUCCAGAAACUGAUAUACAGCUUUCAGAGGAACUGCUCGAGAAGAGCGUCGUCCCACAGCCCUGGACACGCUUCGACCUCAUCCACCACCCAGCUUUCAUGAUGUACGCUGUGGAGUUUCACCAGAAGUGUUGGCCAGGCAGAAAGGACAUGGACCUUAAUUCCAUCAAGCAAGCCAAGCCAUGGAGCUGGUACCUGGAGUUUCUGUUCACCCAGGGCUUUGGUGGCCUAAAAGACUUUUUCCAGAACAACAUCAGCCGACCGGUGUGAGCAGACAAUGGGCAUGAUGGCGUGACACAGGGGCAAGAGCUCGACUCUGCGCAGAGCAAAAAACAACCACUUGUAUCUUAAGGAUGUUUUAAAAGACAUGUACAGUUUUACUCUUUUCCUCCUCCAUUUCUUUCAAGUGCUUUUUUAAUGUACAUAGUUUUAUGAUGCUAUGGCACAAUGAGUUGCUUAUGAAGUAUUCAAGGUGCCAUGCAAAUAAAGUGUUUUUAUAGUUUGAAUUAUGAAGUUUAACCCCAGAGAGACUCAUAUUUAUUCAAUUCAAUCAGUUUAUAUAGCGCCAAUUCUCAACAUAUGUCAUCUCAAGGCACUUUACAACUAGAUCAUACAGUCAGACUAAUUUUCUUGAAAGCAAUCCCUCACACCAAGCAUGCUUGUAGCGACAGUGGAGAGGAAAAAUGUCUUUUAACAGGAAGAAACUUCCAGGAGAAUCAGGCUCAGUGUGAGCGGCCAUCUGCCGAGGCAGACUGGUGUUCAAGUAAGCAGACAUAGAAUAAAAAAAGCAGGAAUACAAAAGGCAACUGUCCAUCAGCUCCACAGGCGACUCCACCCAGGAAACACACAGCCAGGCAGAUGAGCUCCGAGCUAGCUUCCAUGUCAGAGAAUGAAGCAGAGCACAUACUGGUAGUCACAGUCGGAGAAACAGGACUACACUGAAAAACAGGCCAAGCUCUGACAUCCACAAACAAAAGUGUUGAUGGCAGCAUUACAGCUGACACCCCUCCAGGAUGGUGUCACAGACAAACGGGACCAGAUGAAGCUAUGAUGAGGAAAAGAGUAUAAAGUUAGAGAUUGAACAAACAAAUACUGUAGAAUGGGAGAAUUGAGAAGGAAUGAUGAAAAGGGGUCCCUAUCAUCCAGCAGUCCAAGUCUAUAGCAGCACAAAUGCAGAAAAUAGCUUAGGAAAACGUAAGCAUUUUGGAUGAGGUAUAAGAAAGGUAGAACCAGAGUGUGGCCCAGGAGAAACUUUUAAUUAUGAAGUAAAUGAUUUUGGUCUGAAAGAUUCUAGAUUAAUGAGAUAUUUAGCACUAGAAUACAAUGCCAACACAAGAGGCUUGGUUAAUGGAAAAAAGGAAUUCAAUCGAUGUGCUUAAUGAAUGCCCAGAAACAGGUUCCAUUGUUUUAUAGUUUUCUUCCAUAAAAGCAUAAAGACCAUGGUGCUGGUGUGGAAAUCACUGUAGUUCAGAAACAAGCAGUAAAAAGUGUUCAAGAAAUGGAGAUUCCAUCUUCAUCCUGUGCUCAUAAAAUAGAACUGGAAUGCAAAACAAGAACAUCAUUGGGCUGAUAAAUAUGCAUCCUUUAAAUAUGCUUAUUAAAAUUACUGCAGGAGAACAUGGCAAUCUUUAUUUCCUCUGAUGUUUUGGGUCUGAUUCUAUAAAAUAAAUUUUAUUUUGUGCUGUUUGCA